CGGGACGUAUAACAUUCCGAUGGAUGGGUGAAUGUAUAUCAAUUUCGUGCAUUCUAUUUGUUUAAUGAACUUGGUAAUGCAUUCGUGUUCUAAUCAAAAUCCAAGAUGCCCAUCUAAUAUCUGUUGCAUAUCACGAACUUUCUUAGUGCUUGCGCGGGUACCAGAGGGGCGAACUCCUGCUCAUCUUUUCUAUGUUCUAACGCAAUUAUUGGUUUCGAUCCUGUUUCUUCUUGUUUCCCAAAUUUUAACUGACUCUGAGCUUUUUCUAAGAUUGGGAACUUGCGUUGCUCUUUGUCCCAACUUUUCUCGAUGAGCCAUUUGUUUAACGAUUGACGAUGCCAACAGAAGGUCCCAAAUUUCUGAAUAUUAUCCAUGACUUAAGGCGAAAUAUGGGUUAUGCAAAUAUUCACCAUUAUCGGGAAAUUAUCAACGUCAAGCAGUUGAAGGCAACUUUCACCUAUAAUCUGAUAAAAGCGCCAUGUUUAAAGCCUUGGAAUUGAACUCAUAUCCUGUAAGUUCUCUUAUAUCGGCUCGACUUGGUACCUUGCCUCCAAUUUCCAGUAGCAUUCUCAAGCUUCUGGUUCUUCUUCCAGAAUCAGAACUUUUGCCUGGUUUAAAUUCAAAACUCAUCCAUUGCAGAUUAGCAGUGGGUUCCUUCUUGCUAGCGCGCAUCCUCACCAUCCUUCACGGCCCUUGCACCCACAUCUCCAUGUUAGCCUAGGCGGCAGUGGUAGCGAAACUUGGCCCCAGACUUCAGGCUCAUGUCAGCUUACAAUGCAAGUCCUUCCUGCCAAAUCAGCAUGAAAAACCAUUUUCAGCUUGGUUCUGAUGACAACCAGACGUAGGCCCCAGGUGUGCACAUGAAACGUGGAAGCAUAAAUCCUUUUGAGUCAUUGUCACAUGUUGCCUAUCAUUUCUCAACGAGUGGAUUUGCAGUUGCUACAGCAACCGGCUUUACUCAUCCUCUAGAUGUUGUCAAAGUCAGACUACAAAUGCAGCUUGUUGGCCAAAGAGGACCUUUGGAUGGACUGGGAAGAGUUUUUAUGCAAAUUUUAAAAGUUGAAGGCCCCAAAGCUCUAUAUUUAGGGCUUGGCCCUGCAUUGAUCAGAUCACUUCUUUACGGGGGCCUGCGGUUAGGCUUGUAUGAGCCAUGCAAGUAUGUUUGCGACUUGUCAUUUGGUUCCACUAACGUUUUUGUAAAACUUGCAGCUGGAGCCUUCUCUGGCACCAUUGCAACUGCAUUGACAAAUCCAGCUGAAGUCCUAAAGGUGCGACUGCAAAUGAAUUCAAAUGAUGGUCGAGGGAGUGCUUUCAAGUUAAUGAAACAAAUUGUGUCAGAAGAAGGUUUAAAGGCUUUGUGGAAGGGAGUUGGACCUGCAAUGACCCGAGCUGCUGCUUUGACAGCAUCACAACUUGCAACAUAUGAUGAAAGCAAGCAGACAUUGGCUAAGUGGACUAGUCUCUCAGAGGGGUUUCAUUUGCAUCUCAUUUCAAGUGCCAUAGCAGGAACUAUGGGGACACUAGCGACAACACCUAUCGAUAUGGUGAAAACCCGUCUAAUGAUGCAAAAAGAAUCUAACAAGGUUGGAAUAUACAGAAAUGGACUCCAUUGUGCAUAUCAGGUAGUACGUACAGAAGGACCCCUAGCACUUUACAAAGGGGGCUUUGCAAUCUUUGCAAGAUUAGGACCACAAACAACAAUCACAUUUCUUGUAUGUGAGAAGCUGCGGGAACUUGCUGGAAUGAGAGCUAUCUGACUAUUCACAUCCAUUUUGUUUGUCGUAUUUCAUUAUGUUGUAUGGUUGCCCAUUUUUGUUCUUUUACAUUGGGCCUUUCCUAUUGUUUAAAUUUGACAAUCAUGGGAAAAUAAAAUUGCUUCUGUAGAUGAGCAGAUAUCAUGAUUCCAUAAAUGUUGCAGGUUGGCUAUAUUUUUGUUGUCUUUUUCUCAUGAUUGUUCACACUUCACAGUGUUAUGUGAAGCUGCAAAUGCAUACUUUGAAAUAAAAAAUUUACAAAAGCAUGCCCAUC